AUGAGGCUUGAGGAGGAGGUUGCCUGUUGCUUGCACACCCAGGUGGGGUUGCCAGCUCGGCCUCUAGCUGCAGGCAAGGCAGGAAAAGCUCCCAGACUAAGUGGUGAAGACAGAGAACAGUUGCUGCCAAAUCUCAGAGCUGUGGGAUGGAAUGAGGUGGAAGGCAGAGAUGCCAUUUAUAAAGAGUUCCAUUUCAAGGGCUUCAAUCGAGCUUUUGGAUUUAUGAGCAGAGUAGCUCUCCAGAUAGAGAAACUGGACCAUUACCCUGAAUGGUUCAGUGCUUACAACAAGGUACAUAUUACCUUAAGCACCAAUGAGCGUGCAGGCUUAUUUAAACAGGACAUCAACCUGGGCCGUUAUAUAGAGCAAGUUGCAGUUUUUUUGUCUUGA